AUGGUGAGGUGGUCUAGUCUAAAUCUUAUAGACGAAGGGAGGGUGAGAAGCCAAGGAAAAUGGAGAGCUUUAAAGAUAGGAACUAUCAAGAUUAAUAUUGAUAGGGCAUGUGGGAGAGAUGGUGUAGUGGCUGGGUGUGGAGGUAUAGUGAGAGACCACGCUGGAAAGACAAUGGGAGGCUUUUUGUAUCAUAUCAGUCAGAGGGUGAAUCUACUAUGGUGUGGUCAUGAUGCUAAUACUGUUGCUAACAAGCUUGCCAAAGAAGCCCUUGAUCUCGCUGAUGGACCUAUAUCCUUCAUAGAUCUACCUAAGUGUAUUUAUGAGUUGUUAGCUGCUGAUUUAAGGGCCUAG